CGACGGUGUAAUAUGUAGGACGCGGACAGCCUUGAUGUCUUGAUCAGUGCAUCGAGCCAGCGGGUUUUCUAGGCAAAACUUGAGAGCGAAGACGUUCCGGCGUUCAGAAUUUCUUCGACCAUAGUCUCAUAGAGGAAGAGCCAAUCCAUAAUAGCUAUUGACAGCUGGUCGUUGGGAAUUAAUUGAUCAUUUGUCAGCAUCGGAUUGGACAGUGGCUUGUUUCUGAGGAGCCGCGUUACCAUUACACCAUGAGUGGCAAAGCAGUAGGCGUCGUGGUCAUACUGACCGUUGCUGCCGCUCUGUCCCGCUGCAACCUGACUGAAGAUGUUCCAAACUUCACAAAUGUUCAACUGUGGGCCUGCGAUGGCGGAUUGCGACAGCAGUGGACGAUGCAGACGGGUGCGUAUCCUAAUAACACUGUCAAUAUGAAGCAGCUACCCAACAUGGUCUUCGACAUCAACGGAUGGGGAAAUAACUCUGGAUCGAACCUUCAGGUGUUUGGGAAAACAAACACAGCGUGGAACGAGCAGUUUCUCUACUUUGCAACAAACAAGAGCAUUGUAUCACUGAUGAAUCAGAUGUGCAUAACCGCUACCGGCGCAUCGAACACAACAGGAGCAAACAUCGUAAUGGAGCCAUGCAAGGCCAACGCGGGGAACCAGCAGUUCAUGUACAGCACACAGGACUCCAUGUUCCACUACGUUCCUAACAGCGAUCUGUGCAUUGAUGCUGGCACCAUGGUAAAUUGUUCUAUAGCGCCAUAUUCGGCCUAUGCGUAUUGUGAUCCAUCGAACGAUGUGGACACACGUGUGGAGGACCUGCUCUCAAGAAUGCAACUAGGAGAGAAGACUCAGAUGCUGCAGAACAACAAUCCGGGAGUUCCCCGGCUGGGUGUUCCACACCUUCGCUUUUCCGAGUGUUUGCACGGCGUGCUCAGUGGAUGUGGCUCAGCAUCGGGACCCGACAGCACAGGGUGUCCAACAUCCUUCCCACAUGCCUUGGGGCUUGGAGCCACGUUCAAUCGUUCUCUCUGGUCAAUGGCCGGACACACUGUUUCUACUGAAGCACGUGCCCUCAACAACCAAGGUGUCACGGGCUUGGCGUUCUGGGCUCCUGAUAUCAACCUGUUUCGAGAUCCACGCUGGGGUAGAGGUCAAGAGGUUCCUGGCGAGGAUCCAUUCCUAACGGCUGAGUAUGUGGCUCAUUAUUCCAGAGGUCUGCAAGAAGGCGUGGAUCCUAAAUACUUGAAGAUUGUUUCUACAUGCAAACAUUUCAGUGCCUAUGAUCUAGAGAACUGGGAAGGUGUCAGCCGUUUCCAAUUCAAUGCCAUCGUCAGUGACCGUGAUCUCGUCGAGUACUACUGGGUGCCGUUCAGAUCCUGCGUACAGCGUGCUCACGCCCAGUCAAUCAUGUGCUCGUACAACGCCGUCAACGGAGUGCCGAGCUGUGCCAACUCGCUGUUUCACAACACCAUUGUGCGCGACGAGUGGGGAUUCGACGGGUUCAUUGUGAGCGACUGCGGUGCCGUGGGUGGCAUUUCGUCAGGCCAUCACUACGCAAACACUUCAGAUGGCACGUGCCGCGCGGGAAUUCUAGGAGGCUGUGACGUGAACUGCGGCAGUUUCUACGGUAGUCAUUUACAGGAUGCGGUCAAUAACAAGGCACUGACCGAGGGCGAUGUGAACGUCGCGCUGAGACGUGUCCUGAAGCACAUGUUCUGGCUUGGCCUCCUGGACCCAGCUGAUGGUCAGUAUUACAAGACUUUGUCUUCGUCGGAUGUUGACACUGCAGAGCAUCGCAAGCUAGCACUCGAGGCAGCACACCAGAUGAUAACUUUGCUGAAGAACGACGGUGGAAUGCUUCCUCUCGAUUCGGAAAAGGUGUCAACUGUGGCAAUCAUCGGUCCCCAUGGCAACGCCACGCAGGAUCUGCUCAGCAACUAUCAUGGAACGAACAGCCUUGUUGACUCUCACUCCCCUCUACAGGCCAUCACCGCUAUGCUAGGGUCCGGGAAGGUCAAGUAUAUCCAGGCACUUGACACUGUCUCGUCAAACGACACGUCACAGUUCGCCGACGCCGUAGCCGCCGCCAAAUCCAGUGAUGUCGCCCUGGUCUUUGUCGGCCUGGACCAGCACAGAGAAAGUGAGGGUCAUGACCGGACCAUGCUGGAGUUACCAGGCGCACAAGAACAGCUUGUGGCGUCUAUCCUCGCUGCCAACAAGAACACGGUGGUGGUGCUGGUCAACGGCGGGCCUUUGGCAGUGCAGUGGAUUAAGGACAACAUACCUGCUAUUGUUGAAGCCUUUUACCCGGGAGAAUUGGGAGGCGAUGCCAUUGCAGACAUCCUCUUUGGCAAAGUCAGCCCAUCAGGAAGACUGCCAUACACGGUCUAUCCGGCUGAUUUCAUCCAGCGCAGUUACUUCAACAUGGACUUGCGUAAUGAUUCCGGCUGUACGUAUCGCUACUACACUGGAAAACCACUCUGGACGUUUGGAGAUGGUUUAUCCUACACUACAUUCAGCUAUAAUUGGAGCACGCCACAGUCACCACUCCUGUCGUCACAUCGUAGCUUUGAUGCAGCUGCAGUUGGUCGUCAAGAAGACAGCAUUGAAUACACAGUGGAUGUGACCAACACUGGCAAGAUGGACAGUGACGUGUCGGUACUUGGAUUCAUCACGGCGCAAGAACAGCCGGAUGCACCAUUGAAGGAGUUAUUUGACUUUGGCCGUGUCCAUCUUGCAGCUGGUGAAACAGCCACUGUUCAUUUGACGGUAGGUCCUCAAGAACUAGCUCUUGUGGAUGAGUAUGGUGUGGAGGCUAUCCGACCUGGUCGCUACAAGAUCCAGGUUGAGGAGCUGACAACAGACUUGGAAAUCACUGGCCGUGAACACGUGCUGUUUAACCUACCGGAAAUGAAGAGACGUCAUGAAGAAAAGAAUGGGUUAUAGUUAUCAGUAUCUCCAUGCGCCUACGUGAUCAUGCUGUGCAGGUCUUUGCUAAGAUCACUGUUGGUUUUCCAUCACUAAGUUUCAAAUCUUUGUGGUAUUCACUAUUACGUAUUAGAGCAUUUUCAUGUGUCUGCACAAAUUCCGAAGCAAGCUUGUUAAGGUCACUGUGGUGUCAUUCCAUCUUUAAUCGCUCUUCUGACGAAUUUGUCACUGAUGCAUGAAUUUGUCACUGAUGCAUGUAUUUAUUUUGCACACAUUAUAGUAUUGCCACUAGCUCUUCCUAAUUUUACUUUGUUGGAAAUUUACCUGUAUGGCUUUUCACGUCGCUAGCCCUGGCUUGUUGUACAAGGUCGAAUUUCCCAUUAUCACCUUUUAUACCUUUUAUAGUGAUACUGCACACCGGGAAACGUUUGCACCGGUUCUAGUUUGUGCUUUUCGAGCACUGAGACUAACUUUGCACCUGCAGAUGUUUGCGAUUGGAGUAAAUUUCAUUAUGCUUUUGUACUUGUACAUGCAUCAAGAGACUGAGUCAUGUUUAUGUUGUUGUUUUCUUUA